GCUGUCAGUAGGAAAUGCUGGCGGUUCCUGCUGGACGGACCGACGAUUCUCUUGAAGCUCGCUCCAGUUUGACAAUGAACGUAACCUCCUGAGUCGCCUGUGCGGAUUUAUAUGUUUGAAGCAGAAGGAUAAGGAAGGGGGGCGUCAAACCCUCAUCCAGUUAGCGGCUCGGCUAACUGAUACACUCAUGCUAAUAAGCUAAGAGUUAGCUCGCGGGCUAACUCCGACUUCAGGACUCUCUCUCAUCCCGAGAAGCGACUCCCUCUCCGGGGUUUCCUCGUCGUCCACACCUCGUAGGAGUCUGCGGGACCGGAGCUGUGGCGGGGGGACGCGCGCUCAGAAACCCCCUGGCUCACCAGGCGGACGCGUCGCUGUGACUCGCCGGUUGUGGGUGCACAAUGGCUGAACUCUCAACCCUGUCCCCCUCUCCUCCGGCGCUUGGCGACCACCAUAAUGCCCCAUCCAUCUCCUCAGUUGUGCCACAGUCCACUGGGGAUGCGCCUGCGUCUCUCUCCAAUGAGUCUGCUCUGACUGGAAAUGCGGUUCACUCAGGAGGUCCUGCCUCCAUUCCUCAACCGCCCUUGAGCCCCUCAAAGCUGCCUGCUGACCCUCCGUCAGAGCAGAAAGCUGCACCACGAAGAGAGGCGCCAACUGGAGCUACUGCAGAGCCCAUGAUUGAGAAUCGGGAAAUGGAGCACUCAAGUGAACCUGCCGCUCAGAUUGAAGCCAAACAGUCAUCUCCUUCUCCUGAUCCGAAUCCUGGUCCUAUUCUGUACCCCGAUGUUCAUGUCACGCAUAAUUCAACUCCUGCAAUGGAGGAAUCAUCAUCAUCAUCAUGUCAUCUCCCUCACACACCAGCUCCUUCGGAGUCAUCGGGAGAGAAACCUCAGCCGCCUCAACAAGCACAAAGCACACAAGCGCCGCCUUCAUCGCCACACAAACCUCAAAAUACAGUCGAGGGAAAGAAGGACGAACUACCCAGCACUCCCAUCAAGGUGGACCCACCAAGUCCGAGUGUUCCACUCAUCCAAGAACCGCUUCCUGCUCCCUCAGAGCACAACGCCCAGCCGGCACCCGACUCCCUGAGCUACCUGGAAUCUGCAAGUCUCCUGUCCGGAACGUUGGAGUCACUUACUGGCCUGGGGGAGGACGGAAGCUCGGUGGGAUCGGACUCAGAGAUCAAUGGCCCGUCAUUCAGGCGCACGGACAAGUAUGGCUUUUUGGGAGGAAGUCAGUACAGCGAAGGCAGUGAGAGGGAAAUUCGAGUGGAGGUGGCCAGACAGCGAGAGCUGAAGUGGCUGGACAUGUUUAACAACUGGGAUAAAUGGAUGAAGCAUCGCUUCCAGAAGGUGAAGAUGCGCUGCCGAAAGGGCAUCCCGUCAUCGCUGAGGUCCAGAGCCUGGCAGCUCCUCUCCAACAGCCACGAGCUGCUGGAGGCCAACAGGGGCAAGUUUGAGGAGCUGGUGAGAGAACCUGGAGAAGCCAAGUGGCUGGACAUCAUAGAAAAAGACCUGCACCGGCAGUUUCCUUUCCACGAGAUGUUCGUCAAUCGUGGUGGACACGGGCAGGAGGACCUGUGUCGGAUCCUGAAGGCCUACACCAUCUACCGGCCAGACGAGGGCUACUGUCAGGCACAGGCUCCGGUGGCUGCAGUCCUGCUCAUGCACAUGCCUGCCGAGCAAGCCUUCUGGUGCCUGGUCCAAAUCUGUGAGAAGUUCUUGCCUGGAUACUACAGCGCUGGACUGGAAGCGAUCCAGUUGGACGGUGAGAUCUUCUUCUCCCUGCUGAGGCGCACGUGCCCCAUGGCCUACAAUCACCUGAAGAAGUACAAGAUCGACCCGAUCCUCUACAUGACCGAGUGGUUCAUGUGCAUCUUCUCCCGCACCCUCCCGUGGGCCUCCGUGCUGAGAGUGUGGGACAUGUUCUUCUGCGAAGGAGUGAAGAUUGUGUUCCGGGUGGGUCUGGUCCUGCUGAAGCAGAUGCUGGGCUCUGCGGAUAAGCGUCAGGAGCUGCAGGGAAUGUACGAAACCAUGGAGCGGCUACGGAGCAUCUCCCCAGAUUCCAUCAGGGAAGACUCGUUGGUGCAGGAGAUCGUCUUGCUGCCAGUGACUGAGGCGCUGAUCGACCGCGAGUGCAACAUCCAGGUGAGGAAGUGGAGGGAGUCCCGGGGGGAGCUGACCCACCAGCCCGGCCGCCGCCGGCACGGUGCCCGAGCUAUUUUUGAGGAGAAGCGCAGGGCAGCGUCGAUAAGCUCAGGCGGUAGCUUCUCCUUCCUGGCCACCUCCACCCCUCCACCCGGCCCUCUCCGGGCCUCCUCCAGCUUGCUGUCGCUGCCAGGGUUCCGCAGGUCCAGGAAUCCCUUCCAGACCAAGAAGGGUUCCUUUUCUGGACCCUCUGGAAUAGAAGCACACCCCCCUCAGUCGCCCCCUACUGUCAAGCAUAGUCCAGGCCGAGUCAGUAACAAGCCCCCCAUCCCUCCUGGGGCGGGGCAGAAGCAGGUACAGAGCCCGUUAGCUGGGAACGCGGCAGAAGCACAACAAGCUCCAGUGCAAACCACUCAGUCCCCCUCGACAGAAACCUCAGCGCCCCCCAGCACUCUUUCCCCGUCCCCUCUCGUCGUCUCGGAGCAGAUCAUGCCGGCCAUCCCCUCGCCCACCGCCAACAACACUCCCCUGCCACCGCUACCUGACGCCAAGAACCAAGCUGCAGCAGUGGAGGUGGCAGCUGCAGCAGCGGCAGCAGCGGCAGCAGAGCCUCCGUCUGCGGAGGAGGAAGGAAAGAAGAAGAAGAAAAGCAAGGAUGAGAAGAAAAAGGAGAAGGAGGAUGAAAAGAAGAAGCUGAAGGAGAAGAAGGAAAAAGAGAAGGCUGAGAAGUUGGAGAAGGAGAGGCUGAAGAAGGAGAAGGAGCGUCAGGAGAAGAAGAAGGGCAACAGGAAGAAGGACAAAGGGGCAGGAGACAUGGAGGAGAAAAACGGAGCCGCAGCGCCGAAAGACUCGGCCUAGUUUCCCCCUGCAAACGGGUCAGGGGAACAAAGACGCCCAGACACAGUGUUGGCUUCACGUUGAACGUCGAUGACCCGGAACCAUCACGGAAGCACCUCGGGCUUUUUCCGCGCCUCAGCUGUCGGUUUAUUUUUAUUCCUUCACCAACUGGAGCACAGACGGUGGAUCUGAAACGCAGAAACACGUUUAAGUUCUUCUUUUUUUAAAUCAUCUGUUUUAUGGUUUUAAAUCCGAUGAAGCUGGGAGGGCGGGGCUCCUGGUGCCAUAGACACGUGUAAAUAUAAACAAGUGGAACCCUG